AUGCAUCCCAGCGCACUCCUCGGCCUCCUCUCCUUCGCGGCCGCGGCCCUCGCCGUCCCAACGGCCCAAACCCCACACAGCACGCGCUCCAUCUCAAACCUCAAGUCCCACAUCAAGAACGUCGUGAUCCUGGUCAUGGAAAACCGCUCCUUCGACAACAUCCUCGGCGGGCAGACAACGCCGGGCCUCGAGAACCCCCUGCAAACAGGCCCCUUCUGCAACCCAUUCAACCUGACCGACCCAUCUGAAGGCGAGGCGUGCACAGCGCCCAAGAGCUUCGACUCCGUGAUCAAUGACCCCGACCACGCGAUCUACGGCAACAACAUCCAGUUCUACGGCGAGUUCGUGCCGAGCAAUGAGGAUAUCGCGCGUGGGAGCCUAAAGGCUACGAAUAAGGGUUUCGCGCACGAGCAGAUGCGUCUUUACGAGGAUGAAGCCAAUAAGACGGAUCUCGUCACGCAGGUUAUGCAUUAUUAUACAGAAGACCAAGUCCCUGUUCUUACCUCGCUUGUGAAAAAUUACCUCACCUUCAACCACUGGCACUCUGAUAUCCCCGGCAACACAAACCCCAACCGCGCCGCCCUGGUAGCAGGAACAUCCCACGGCCACGGCCUCAACGACAACGGCUUCAACAACCACGAGCUCCCCAACCUCUCCAUCUUCCAACAACUCACGCAAACAAACCACACCUGGCUCAACUACGUCGAUCCCGCCGGCGGCACAGGCCCAGACGCAGGGUUCUACAACUGGACCUACGCAUCCAACAACGACGACAAGAUCGUGCCGCUCGCGCAAUUCUACACCGACGCGGCCGCAGGGAAUCUCGCCGAACUCACCUACAUCAACCCGAGUUGCUGCGGCGUCGGCACAACGAGCAUGCACCCGUCCGGCCUGAUCAGCGACGGCGAGAGCUUCAUUAAAUCCGUGUACGAUGCAUUACGCGGAAGCCCGCAGUGGGAUGACACGCUGUUCAUCCUGACCUUCGACGAGAGCGGGGGGUUCCACGACCACGUCCCUGCGCCGCUUGCACCGCGGCCCGACAACCUCACGUUUACGCUGGAGACGCCCAAUGGACAGGACUACACGUUCCCGUUUGACCGGCUGGGCGGUCGGAUUCCGACGCUGCUGAUCUCGCCGUGGGUGGGCAAGGGGGUUGUCGAGCAGAAGGGGGUCAAUGCGGGUGGGGAGACGGUGAGUUACAGUGCGACGAGUAUUCUGCGGACGCUGGGGUAUCUGUGGGACUUUGAGCCGUUUACGCCGAGGGUUGAGUGGGCUGCUAGCUUUGAGCAUUUGAUAAGGGGGGUCAAGAGGGAGGAUACGAUUGAGGUGCUGCCUGAGGCGGAGGCGUUUAAGAGUGUGAGGGUUUAG